AUCAUCGAUGCUAUCUAGUUCGCAUAUUGCCAUAUUAUUUUAACAUUUGUUCAUAUUGUUCAAUAGUUUUCUGAAAUAUGACUAUUACCCCUCGUAAUACGCUGCAACUCCAACAAUAUUUACCCAUUUUCUUAAAAUGCUAACAAAAAAUAUUUCCAAACCCAAUUGUUGAAUUAUAACUAUUAUAAAUGAUUAAAAAUACAAUCCAAAUUGUUACUAAUCUAAUAACGAAAAUAUCAUUCGUGUUAUUAAUUAAAUUUUUCUACUUCAGAUGCCACUCAUACGACUACGGAGAUACUGGUGAGAUGGUCUGUCGUCUUAGCCAUCACUCCAGAGCGACAUUAUCAGACAUUCAGGAUCCCUAUCUGAGCGUACCAGAAGCAGCAACUUACGAAUUAUCUUCCUGUUACAACGUGACUAUCGAAUGCCGAUCCACAGACAUGGUGGCUAAAAUUCACACAUCGAAAUUAUUUGACGGCAAAGUUUACGCUAAAGGCAGUCCUAAUUCGUGCGUGGUCGAUGUUAAACAAUCUUUAGAAUUCGAGCUAACGAUGAAAUACCAAGAUUUAGAAUGCAACGUACGACAUAAUGGAAUGGGCAGAUACUUGAAUGAUGUAGUAAUCCAACAUCACGACACAAUCGUCACGUCAUCCGAUUUAGGAUUAGCGGUAACGUGUCAAUAUGACCUAACAAAUAAAACCGUCGCAAAUGAUGUCGAUUUAGGCGUUCACGGCGAUACAGAACCUGCGCUAUCUGAAGAAGUAAUUGUAGACUCACCAAACGUUAUCAUGAAAGUAACGGCCAGAGAUGGAAGCGACAUGAUGCAGAGCGCUGAAGUCGGAGAUUCUCUUGCCUUACAUUUUGAGAUUUUAGACGAAAAGAGCCCAUACGAAAUAUUCGUCCGAGAAUUGAUAGCAAUGGACGGAGCAGACUCCGGAGAAAUCACUUUGAUUGAUUCCGAUGGUUGCCCUACAGAUCAAUUCAUCAUGGGACCGAUUUAUAAAUCAUUGAUGUCGGAAAAGGUGUUGAUAUCGAAUUUCGACGCUUUUAAAUUUCCAUCUUCGGAAGUUGUGCAAUUCCGCGCCCUAGUUACGCCCUGUAUGCCGACUUGCGCGCCCGUACAAUGCGAUACUGAAGAAGCCAGUACGGGAGACUCGAGAUCUUUACUGUCUUAUGGACGUCGUAGGAGAAGCAUAAACGCUACUGAUUCCCGCAUGAACAACAACAAACAACAACACGACGACAUGCUGCUGAUGCAGACUAUUCACAUCACCGACAAGUUCAAUUUCGAGCGCCGGCAGCAACAAAACAAUCAACAUUCAACGUCGCGCGACAAUGGCACCCAGAAUAUCAGUAGUGUUACAGAUGACUUGUGCGUCAAUGGCAUGGGAUUAAUAUUUGCUGGUGCAAUAUUCCUCGCGUUGCAAAUGGCAAUUGUCUCCAUAUGGACGGUCGUAUGGCAAUGCAAACGUAAGCAGAAAUUAAUCGACUCCGCCGAUUGCGUGAUCGUGCCCCCACAAAGUCGAAUGUUCAGCCAGCACCGACCCCCAAACGGCAGCCUGAGUAGCGCGAGCUCAAUUGGAAGCAACGUGCGCAAACUCUACACCGGCAACAAUUUCAACCGGCAGCACUAUUGAACCAUGUCCCAGAUUUGUGCAAGAUCUCUCUACACGACGCGAACCCACAUUGACAAUCAAAAGACUUGACUCGAUUCGUACAAAACCGAAAGAGUAUUGUCCAAAAGCAAAUGUUCGAAAUAAAAUAUGUACUAGAUAGACUACGUUUAUAAGUUAGCAAUUAUAUAAAAUAACAAUUAAAUCCUUCGAUAAGUUUAGCAUAUAAACAUAUAGUACUGAUGAUUAUUUAUGAUAUUGAUGGAACAAAU